AUGACGAUUAUACCAACAGAACAAACCGCACUCAUCGCCAAGGAAGACGGCACCUUGGGACUUAACCACCACGUCAAAGUGCCAGACCUGGAAGAUGACAUGAUCCUAGUCAAGAACAUGGCCGUAGCACUAAACCCCAUCGACGUGAAGAUGGUGGGCAAACUCGCAACUCCCGGGGCCGUGGCCGGCAUGGACUUCGCCGGCGAAGUGGUAUCCAUAGGCUGCAAGGUGCAGACGAGCGUUCCCAUCCAGAUAGGAGACCGCGUCUGCGGUGCCGUACCGGGCAUGCACGCCCUCACCCCAUCGGUAGGCGCCUUUGCUCAAUACGUGGGCGUUUCCGACGUCGUCACCAUGAAGAUACCCGACCACCUCACCUUCGAGGAGGGUGCAUCCCUGGGGAGCGGCAUUGGCACUAUCGGACAGGCACUGUUCCAAUCACUACAGAUUCCCGGCACUCCUGACAGGCCGAGCGAGAAGCCUGUCCAGGUGCUGGUGUACGGCGGAAGCACGGCAACGGGCACGUUAGCCAUCCAGUUACUCAAACUAUCGGGUUUGGACCCCAUCGCCACAUGUUCACCCCAUAACUUUGACUUGGUCAAGUCGUACGGCGCCUCGGCCGUUUUUGACUACCAUCACCGUCCCGCAUCCGACUCUUCGAACCAUACAGACACACCUGAAGCCGCCAUCAAGCGCCACACUCGCGGCUCUCUCCGCUACGUCCUCGACUGCGUCUCGGAGCCCGACACCAUGCAGUUCUGCUACCGGUGUCUGGGUCGUGCGGGCGGAAAAUACACGGCUCUGGAGCCCUUCCCUGCCUUUCUGGCCGAGACGCGGAAGCACACCGUCACGGCCGACUGGGUCCUAGGCCCGACGCUGCUUGGCAAGCCACUUGGGUGGCCCGAGCCGUUUGCGCGUGCGGGAGAUCCUAAGGAUCACGAGUUUGCGCGCUGGUGGUUCGCCGUUGCGCAGCGGCUCCUGGACGAGGGGAGCUUGCGGAUGCAUCCGCUGAGAAUUGUUAAUGAGAACGGGGACGGGGGAUUUGCGGCUGUGGAGGCGGGCUUGUCGAUAUUGAGGAAGAAGCAGGUUUCUGGGCAGAAGCUUAUAUGCCGUAUCCAGGAGUAG